GUUCCUCCCUCUCUGCCUCUGCUCGUCGGCCAGGCUGCAGCCACAGUCGAGCUCCACGGAACGAAACACCAAAAUACAACAAUGUCUGAGAAACUUACCUACAAAGUUGCCGACAUCAGCCUGGCUGAAUGGGGGCGUAAGGCCAUCGACAUCGCCGAGAACGAAAUGCCCGGCCUGAUGAAGAUGAGGGAGCUGUACGGUCAGACCAAGCCUCUGAAGGGAGCCCGCAUCGCCGGGUGUCUGCACAUGACCCUGCAGACCGCCGUGCUCAUCGAAACCCUCACGGCCCUGGGAGCUGAGGUUCAGUGGUCGAGUUGUAACAUCUUCUCCACUCAGGAUCACGCCGCUGCCGCCAUCGCCAAAACAGGCGUUCCAGUGUACGCGUGGAAGGGUGAGACGGACGAGGAGUACGUGUGGUGCAUCGAACAGACCAUAUACUUCAAAGACGGUCAGCCCCUCAACAUGAUCCUGGAUGAUGGAGGAGACCUCACCAACCUGGUCCACCAGAAGUACCCCAAACUGCUGGCAGGUAUUCGUGGCGUUUCAGAGGAAACCACUACAGGUGUUCACAACCUGUACAAGAUGAUGAAGAAGGGCGAGCUGAAGAUCCCUGCCAUCAACGUUAAUGACUCUGUCACCAAGAGUAAGUUCGACAACCUGUACGGCUGCAGGGAGAGUCUGAUCGACGGCAUCAAGCGAGCCACCGACGUGAUGAUCGCUGGGAAGGUGGCCGUGGUGGCGGGUUACGGUGACGUCGGUAAGGGCUGCGUCCAGGCUCUGCGGGCCUUCGGCGCUCGCGUCAUCGUGACGGAGAUCGACCCCAUCAACGCCCUGCAGGCUGCCAUGGAGGGAUAUGAAGUUACCACCAUGGAUGAGGCCAGUAAGGAAGGAAACAUCUUCGUCACCACCACUGGCUGUGAAGACAUCAUCCUGGGACAUCACUUUGAGAACAUGAAGGACGAUGCCAUCGUUUGUAACAUCGGACACUUUGAUUGUGAGAUCGACAUGAGCUGGCUCAACAAAAACGCUGCUGAGAAGAUCAAUGUUAAACCUCAGGUUGAUCGUUAUCGUUUGAAGAGUGGGCGUCACGUCAUCGUUCUGGCAGAGGGAAGACUGGUCAACCUCGGCUGUGCCAUGGGACACCCGUCUUUUGUCAUGAGCAAUUCUUUCACCAAUCAGGUGCUGGCUCAGAUUGAAUUGUGGACAAACACAGCUAAAUACCCGCUGGGAGUCUACUUCUUACCAAAGAAGCUGGAUGAGCAGGUGGCGGCUGCUCACCUGGACAAGCUGGGGGUGAAGCUGACCAAGCUAACAGACAAACAGGCCAAAUACCUGGGUCUGCCCACCGAGGGCCCCUUCAAACCGGACCACUAUCGCUACUGAACCCGUCAGCCUCAAACCAGUGAAGAAGCAGAGCCGCGUCGGCCGGAGGACUUCAGAGAUCGGAGGUUUUACUCUGCGUUUUGGUUUAGGACCGCCAAAUCAGUGAUUCAGGGCUGAAAAGAGACGGUUGUGAUUCUUUUUGGAAUAAAUCACCUUUUAUAUAAAACGAUGAACCUUUUAGUUGCUUCUUGUCAAAUAAACGGUUAUUCUGUUCUUAAAAUCAAAGCUAAUCUGUGAGUUGAAAACAAAAGUAUUCAGAAAUCUGCAGCAGCCCAACUCAGCUUUGUAGAGUUUGUGUUGCAGGAACUGUUUCAGCUCAAAAUGUUUUAAUUUCAUUUGUUGCUCGUCAGUAUUCAGAUCAUCUCUUCUGAAACUCCAUCCGGUGCUGCGGUGGCUGGUUUAAAAAAAUAUUCCUCUUUGUUUUCUGUCAUUCCGUCUCCAUUUAUGGAAAAAUAAAUCCUGAUACUUGUCAGUAGAAAGUGGACGGCUCGGUGAAACGCGUUGCUUCCUGUUUAUUAAAGGAUGAUGCCACAUGAACCACCGGCCGUGUUCGUCCCUGAUUUAUCAGGAAGUGGACUUCUGUUUGUCUUUUAGUUGUGAUGAUUUGACUCAGAGGGUCAGGUUCUGAUCCUGGAUUUGUCUCAGUUCAGCUGCUGAUCAAACUGUGAUGAGAAAUAAAACAAUAAAUGAACAAGUUUUCA